CAGCGAACCCCGAGGGACGUACGCAAGCGCCGCAUGGCUGAUAUACUCAAGCACUCGCCUCUCGGCUAAACGUAAUAUCAUAAUUUCCAGUCGCUAGUGCAUCAUAAAGGAAGUAUACGACCACGGGAGGAGAAUCACUAGGUCGUUAAUCACUGCAAUCAAUGUAACCGCCGCAAACAACGCCUAUCGUAAUUAAUCGAGAAAAUAUAUUCCUUCAUCCCUGCCCAUUUUGUAAACGACGUACGUGAAAAUAAGCACAGCGCUGCGUUCGACCAAUGAAAAAGUUUGCACGGUAGGGCUGAGUAGGAAAGUGGGGGAGAGCUCGACACUAAUCGUGAGACGUUGUCAUGAACUCCGCAAGCAAGGUUGGUGAAAUUUUCACCGCUGCUGGGGCAGCAUUUACGAAAUUGGGCGACUUGACCAUGGAAUUACAUCCGACGACCGACUCUCCAACUGGUAAGUGGACUGACGAGGAAAUUGAGAUGCUCCGUCACUCGGUUAAGACCUUCAGCGAAGACUUAAACAAAAUUAGCGAUCACAUCAAAGGGAGGACCGUAUCACAGAUUCGAUCGACCCUUAAGAAAAAGGCUUUCGAAGAAGCCGGCGUACCCAUUAGACAGCAGCAAAUUAUUGCGCAACAGCAAAGUACGCAACAAUCGAAUGUCCAGCAAGUACAAACGCAAAAGCAGACAGUUAGUAAUCCUGGACUUAUGAGCAAGUCGGCCGAAGUAACAUUAAAUAUGCUAAAUGCUCCUGAAUCCGAAGUAGAUGUCGAAGGCUUACCGGAAGAGUGCCAGGUUAAAUUGGAGUUUGACGGUGCGACGGAAGAGGUUACGUCGUAACAUUUACAUCUAUUCUGAGAUGUUGUAAACAUUCUUUUAAAUUUUGCUUAUUAGUAUAUAUUCGACACAAUUACUUUUG